CACGUCGUUCGUUAAGCUUGUCCGUCUUGCGGCCCAAAGGGCUCUGGGACCUGUAGUUUCAGGGGCUCCCUGUGCGCAGGCGCACUUCCCCUAAGAGCUCUGGUUUUUGAGCUCCAGAGCCCAGGGCAUGAGAAGCAGGGAGCAGGGAGCCGGGAGAUGCUGAUGCUCCAGUGAUGCCACCAAGCCCACUGGAAGGGGCAGCCAGGAGGUCAGCCAGGAAGUCCUGAGCCCAGAUGACCAUGGAGGCCUUGGACCUCAUGCUUGAGGAGAGAGCACGGGGCUCCCCAGAUGAUGUCCUUUCCCCAGAAAGGAGCAUAAAGCAGAAGGAGGGAAUCACCUCUGGUCUCCUUAGAGCCGGGCCCCUGGAAUCAGUGACGUUCCAGGAUGUGGCUGUGAACUUCACUCAGGAGGAGUGGAGGCACUUGGAGCCAGCUCAGAAGGACCUGUAUAGGGAAGUGAUGCUGGAGAACUAUCAGAACUUUGUCUUCCUUGGGCUUCCAUUUUCCAAACCACAUGUGAUUUCCCAGUUGGAGAGAGGAGAAGCACCAUGGAUAACUGAGAAAAAUGUGCCAAGAGUCUCUUGUCAAGAUUUCUUUAUUCAGAAGACAAGAUAUAAAACCAAGGAGUCAGCUGCAAAUAAGAUUAUUUCUACAGGAAAUUUAUCCAAGAAGAGACUCUCAAAGAAUGGCUCCUGGAAUUCUGAGUUAAAAGAAUCUUGGGAUUUUGAUGCAAGGUUGAAGAGAUGGAAGGGCAUUCAGAAGAGAUGGGCCAGGCAAGUUCUAGCGAAUCAAAGGACAACUUCAAGUGAAUUGAGUCUUCGUGAAUGUGUUACUUUGGGGAGAAAGUUCAAGCUGGGAUUACUUCUUACUCCCAAACAGAAAGCUACCACAGGAAAAUAUCUCCAUAAAUAUGAUUCCCUUGGAAAGAGCUUUAAAUAUUUGUCAGAUAUAUUUAAACAUACUAGAACCCCCUCAGGGAAGAAGCGUUUUAAGUAUAACAAAUGUAAAAAGCCCUUCAGUUACCACUCAGAUCUUUUCCAGUACCAUAAGAUACAUGGUGGAGAGAAAACUCAUAAAUGUGAUGAGUGUGGAAAAACCUUCAGCAACAACUCAUGCCUUACUGUGCAUUUGAAAAUUCAUACUGGCGAGAAACCCUUUGACUGUACUGAAUGUGGAAGAGCCUUUAGACGUAGAGCACACCUUAUUCAACAUCAGAGAAUUCACACUGGAGAGAAACCAUAUAAAUGUUACGAAUGUGGAAAAGCCUUCAGUGUUGACUCCUACCUUAUCAAACACCAGAGAAUUCACACUGGAGAGAAACCCUACAAAUGUAAUGAUUGUGGGAAAGCUUUCAGACAAUUAGGAAACCUUAAUCAACACCAGAGAAUUCAUACUGGAGAAAAACCCUAUAAAUGUCAUGAAUGUGGGAAAGCCUUUAGUCAGUGGGGUCACCUCAAUCAACAUCAGAGAACCCAUACUGAAGAAAAACCCUUUGAAUGUAAUGAAUGUGGAAAAGUCUUUAGGCAGUUGGGAAACCUUAAUCAGCACCAGAGAGUUCAUACUGGAGAAAAACCAUAUAAAUGUAACCAGUGUGGGAAAGCUUUUAACAACAAUUACCUCCUUAUUCAGCAUGAAAGAAUCCACACAGGUGAGAAGCCAUAUGUAUGUAAUGAUUGUGGGAAAGCCUUCAGUCGAGGGACAUACCUUAAGAAACACAAGAGAAUUCAUACUGGAGAGAUACCCUAUAAAUGUAAUGAAUGUGGGAAAGAGUUCACUGACAAAGCAUCCUUUAUUUAUCAUCAGAGAAUUCAUACUGGAGAGAAACUUUAUGAAUGUAUUGAAUGUGGAAAAACUUUUAGCCAAAAAGCAAACCUUAAAAAACAUAAAAUGAUUCAUACUGGAGAGAAGCCCUUUGAGUGUAAUGAAUGUGGGAAAGCUUUCCGAGAGAGGGGAAGCCUUAGUGUACAUAAGAGAAUUCAUACAGGAGAGAAACCCUUUGAAUGCAAUGAAUGUGGAAAAGCCUUCCGAGAGAGGGGAAGCCUUAGUGCACAUCAAGAAAAGCAUGCUGAAGAGAAACUUUAUAAAUGUGAUGAAUGUGGGAAAACCUUUAGAUACAAGGGAUAUUUUAGUAUCCAUCAGAGAACUCAUACUCAAGAGAAAUGCUAUAAAUGCAAAGAAUGUGGGAAGGACUUCAGCCUAAGGGCAUCCUAUAUUAUUCAUCAGAGAAUUCACACUGGAGAGAAGCCCUAUAAAUGUAACAUUUGUGACAAAGCUUUCAGUUACAAUACCUCCCACAGUAGACAUUUGAGAACUCAUACUGGAGAGAAACCUUUUGCAUGUAAUGAAUGUGGGAAAGCUUUCACUCAGAGGGACUACCUUACUGAACAUGAAAGAAUUCAUACUGGAGAGAAACCCUUUAAGUGUAAUGAAUGUGGAAGAGCCUUUAGGCAGAAGCAAACUUAUAAUGCACAUAAGAAAAUUCAUUCGAGAGAAAAACCCUUUAAAUAUAAAUUAUAUGAGAAGGAUUCAACUGGAAAUUGUACCUUAUAAAGCAAACAUCAGAAAUUAAUAUUAGUGAGACUCUCCAAAGGUGCAAUGAAUGUAGGAAAGUCUUCAGUACCUGCUUGUAAGAGGCAUCAGAAAAAAAUCAUAAAAACUCUGUGAAGUUACUAUGAGACAACUAAAGGGUGUGUAUUUCAUCCCUCAGAGACUUUAUACAGAACAUUAACUGUAAUGUAAUACUGUGGGCAGUGCUUCAUAUAAUCUUGUCAUUUGUUAAACUUUGAGUCCAGAUGUUUGAUUUUUUUUCAUGGUCUAUUAUUUGGUGCUUUGUGAGAGAAAAAUAUCAAGAUCAUCUUUGAUAUCGCCUUUCCCAGAAAUAUACAUUGGCCGCUGUUAACUAGCAAUAGAAUUAUAUAAGUAUAGGAUCUUUAAUAGCACCUAUACAAGAAUCCAGAGAAUUAUUGUAUUACUAAGUAAUGGUUACAGCUUACCUGCUGAGGAAAGAAAUAAAAGAUGAUAAAUGACCAUCACUUGACCACUGGGAACAUCCUAAUUCUAUUGAAGAAUAAAGAGAAUCUGUUUUCAGUGGGCUUCUAGCUCUCUUGGUCCCAGCAACCAGCAUUAUUCUGCUUACAAGUCCUCAGCAGAAACACAUUCAAAAAGCUGAAGUCAAGCCUUGUGUAACCCACUUGUCCAUUCUUUACUUUCUUAUCAAGUCCCU